CGAACCGAGCCGAACACAGCCGAGCUCCGCCGAUCCCCACGGAACCGAACAGAGCCGAAGCCAGAACGAGCCGAAGCCCAAGUGAGCGAAGCCGAAAUCAGCCGAACCCAACCGAGCUAAGCCGAAGUUAGCCGAACCUGACCGAGCUUAGCCGAAGGCAGCCGAGCCCCGUGGCGGGGGUUUUGGCCACGAUGGAGGCAGCGGUGGCCAAGCGCAUCUUGGUGACUGGUGGCACUGGUUUGGUGGGGAGAGCCAUUGAGAAGGUGGUGGCUGAUGGUGAAGGGCGACCAGAUGAGGAGUGGAUCUUCGUGUCCUCCAGAGAUGCUGACUUGACGAAUGCUGUGGAGACCAAAGCCCUCUUCGAGCAGCACAAACCCACCCAUGUCAUCCACCUGGCUGCCAUGGUUGGGGGUCUCUUCAAAAACAUCCGCUACAACCUGGAUUUUUGGAGGAGAAACAUCCACAUCAACGACAACGUCCUGCACGCGGCGUACGAGACGGGGGUGCAGAAGGUGGUCUCCUGCCUCUCCACCUGCAUCUUCCCAGACAAGACCACCUACCCUAUUGAUGAGAGCAUGAUUCACAACGGGCCACCCCACAGCUCCAACUUCGGCUACUCCUAUGCCAAGAGGAUGAUUGACAUCCAGAAUAGGGGCUACUUUGAGCAGCACGGCUGCCGUUUCACCGCUGUCAUCCCCACCAAUGUCUUUGGGCCACACGACAACUUCAACAUUGAGGAUGGCCACGUCUUGCCAGGGCUCAUCCAUAAGGUCUACCUGGCCAAACAGACUGGUUCUGCUCUGACCAUCUGGGGCACGGGCAAGCCCAGGAGACAGUUCAUCUACUCACUGGACCUGGCCCGGCUCUUCGUUUGGGUCUUGAGGGAAUAUGAUGAGGUGGAACCCAUCAUCUUGUCAGUGGGAGAGGAGGAUGAAGUCUCCAUCAGGGAGGCAGCAGAAACAAUUGUUGAGGCUAUGGACUUCAGAGGAGAGCUCAUUUUUGACACCACCAAAGCAGAUGGGCAGUUCAAGAAGACAGCCAGCAACGCCAAGCUGCGGCGUUACCUGCCCACCUUCCACUUCACUCCCUUCAAGCAAGCUGUGCAGGAGACCUGUGCCUGGUUCAGCGCCAACUACGCCGAUGCCAGGAAGUGAUGGACCAACACGAGGGCAUCAUCCUCUUCAUCUCAGGGUUGUCCUUUGCUGGGGCAGAGGACAGGGUUGGGAACAGUGAUAGUUACAUUUCCAAAGUAAAAAAAGGUGUGUGUUUGGGGGGGGGGGGGGCAGAGCCCAGUCAACAGCUCCCACCUUCCUGCCCACUGCUGGGAGCGGUGCAGGACACCAAGGAAGGUCAAGGCACCCCUAAGGUGCUGGGACCCCCCGUGGUAGCAGUGGUAGCAGCCAAGUGAAGCCACCACCAUCCAAGAGGUUGGUGGCUUUGGUAGAGGUAUAAUGCGCUUUGCUGCUAAUUACCUGUAAUUAGGCAGUAAUAAUGGGAAGGUGAUCAAGGUUCCUCUGGCACAGGGAACAGCAGCCGGGCAGUUGCUGUUGCUUUUGGUGCAUGGGGAUGGUCCUGAAGCCCCCUCCAGCAUCAGGAUGGUGGAAGACCAGAACAUAUAUAUGUAGAUAUGGCAUUUAUUAAAAUAUAUGCAAAUAGCAUAAAA